AUGAAUGAACAAGCAAAGAAGAAUGAGACUAUGAAUGCACAAAGUGGCAUGGAAAGAAAGGUGGAAACUGUGGAUUAUCGAUCUUCCGCAGGGCAAGGUCAAGAAGAGAGGAACGUGCAGGUAAUUCACCAGCCCCAUUCGGCCACCAGUGGUGGCGUUCUUACUAAUGCUGCUGCAGCCGUGGCGUCCACUCUACAGUCUGCCAAGGAAGCCAUAUCCAAAAAAUAA